UUUUUGAUUUUUAUCAAACGUUAAAUUAUCAAUACUUGUCUUGUUCAUGACGAGAAUGUGAAACGAAAUCUAGGACAAAUAAAGUUUCUAUUAUAGAUGCCCACCUAUAACGGUGUGCCACGACACAUAUACGAGUAACGGCAAUGAAUCGAUUCGCUUUAAUAGGCCUGCAAUUUUCGUUGGAUAUAAUAUACAUUGCAGAAGAAUCAUUAUGUCUAUAUUGAUGUCAUCUAUUGUACAGGUCACGAAGACGUUCAAUAAUAAAAAUAAUAAUAAUAUGUCCGUUUUGGCCAAACGGUUGUGGAAUUUACGGUUUAAAAUUGGUCGUGCUAACAAGUCGACAGAAGUUUUUACGAGUGUAUUACAAGGAGAUGUAGAUUUCGCCAAAGAAUAUUCAGAACUACCAGGUCCUAAGUCUUUACCGUUGUUGGGCAAUAAUUGGAGAUUCUUGUCAUAUAUCGGUGACUAUAAAGUAACCGAGAUAGACAAACUUUCGUUAAGAUUAUGGAAAGAGUACGGAGAUAUAGUAAAAAUCGAAAAAUUACUCGGGAGACCGGAUAUGGUGUUUCUGUACGACGCGGACGAGAUUGAAAAAGUGUUCAGAAAUGAAGAGCUUAUGCCGCAUCGACCGUCUAUGCCAUCUUUAAAUUAUUACAAGCACGUUUUAAGGAAAGAAUUCUUUGGUGAUCUGGCCGGUGUUAUAGCAGUGCAUGGUGAAAAAUGGUAUGAAUUUCGAACUAAAGUACAACAACCUAUGCUGCAACCAAGAACAGCAAAAUUUUACAUCGGAACUAUUGAAGAUACGGCAACAGCCUUUGUCAAUAGAAUAAAAAAGAUAAAAAAUAAAGACCAAGAGGUUCCUGAUGAUUUUUUAAAUGAAAUUCAUAAAUGGUCAUUAGAAUCUAUCGCUAGAGUCGCAUUGGAUCAAAAACUCGGGUGCCUUGAAGAUGAACAUGCAGUAGACUCGGAUACGCAAAAUUUAAUAGAUGCUAUCAACACGUUUUUUGCAAAUGUCCCGGAGUUGGAAUUAAAAAUACCAUUUUGGAAAUUAUUUAGUACACCAACUUGGAGAAAAUACAUAAAUGCAUUGGAUACCAUUACCAAUGUGACAUCCAAACAUAUAAACAAAUCAAUGGAUCAACUAUUAUCUCAAAAAUCAUUUUGCCCAGAUAGCCAAUCAUCUUUGUUACAAAGAGUGCUCAGUUUAGAUCCAUCAAAUCCUAAAUUAGCUCAGAUACUAUCGCUAGACAUGUUUAUCGUUGGCAUAGACACGACUUCUGCAGCUCUUGCAUCGAUUCUUUAUCAAUUAAGUCGACAUCCAGAUAAACAAAAGAAGCUCAGGGAAGAAAUAAAAACCGUAUUGCCAAAUGCUCAUUCAAAAUUGACUUCCAGCAAACUCGACCAGCUGCAAUAUCUAAAAGCAUGCAUAAAAGAAACAUUAAGAAUGUAUCCCGUGGUUAUUGGAAAUGGUCGCUGUAUGUCCAAAGAAACAAUAAUAAGAGGAUAUAAAAUUCCAAAAGGAGUUCAAGUCGUGUUUCAACAUUACGCUAUUAGCAACAGCAGUAAAUAUUUUUCACAGCCAGAACAGUUUUUACCGGAAAGGUGGUUAAAAGGAAGUGGAUAUAAACAUCAUCCGUUUGCUAGUUUACCAUUUGGUUAUGGUAAAAGAAUGUGCCUGGGCCGCAGAUUUGCUGAUUUGGAACUUCAGACAGUUGUUUCAAAGAUUUUUCAGAAUUUUGAAGUCAAGUACGAAUAUGAUGAUUUGGAAUACACUGUACACCCGAUAUAUAUGCCGGAUGGCCCAUUGAAAUUCAAAAUGAUUGAAGACUAACUAUUUUUUUCUUUAGGAAUUGUAUGUCAAGGCUAAAUACUACAAAAUAUGUAUAAUAUUGUUGAUACCUAAGAAAUUUGAAUAAGUACUUUAAUAAUACUACUAUUAAAUCGUACAGCCAAAAUCUAAAUUAUUUAAAUAUGUAUUUUUGUUAGAUUUAAAUAUUAAGUAUAUUAUAAUCAGUGGUGUAUUGGAGGGUAUACGCGGGUAUACCCUACCACCAGUUUACUGAUUUACCGUAUACCCUGUAAAAUUAGGUACUGGAGAUACGCAGGUAUACGCACGUAUACCAUCAAACAAAUUUUAUUGAAUUACCAAUUGUCUUAUAAUUAUAAUCGUUAGAAAAAAUGUAUAACAUCAAUUAUUUUUACCACAUACAUGGCAAACAGAGCGAAAUUAUGUGACAAAAAGUAAGUUCUAAGGUUCUAACUCCAUCUUAUCCUAUUGCAUUGCGUAAAUAUGUCUAAUAACCUUUUUUUUGGGGGGGGAGGGGGUAGAUAAAUCAAUUUAAAUAUAAAGACGUGGUGGCGGUAUACCCCACGACCCACCAUAAGUUAAUUUUAGGUUUAGGGAGAAAUUUUUUUUUUUGAGAGAGAAAGAGAGACAAGGUUUAAGCUSCCCACCCCUCUCCCAUCAAUAUACCUACGUCUAUGUGCUGAGCGUACACCCUAGAAAAAAAUUACGAAUACAUCACUGAUUAUGCUAUGCAUAUGCACAGUGGCGUAUUUUCAAUAACUUCUUGAGUGAGGGCGGGGGGAAUUUAAGUUUUUCAGGUCAGCUUAUAUCGUCUAAUUAUCAGAAAACCCGUAAUAAAAUAUUGAUUUGACAUUGAACUCUUUUUUUUGUCUUUUAGGGGAAAUUGUAUACAUUUUAACUAACACAUGCAGUCAUUCAUCAAGCAUGAUCACCCUCUUUUUUUCUUCAAUAAUGUAGUUAUUCAAAAUCUGAUUUGAA